ACACGCACAGGGACGGACCCCGCGUUACAAACACUCCAGCUCCGAGAGGGAACUACUCGGCCAACACUUUUGUGCGUUUUGCGGGAAAGUUCGUUACGUUUUUUGGUGCCGAAAGUGACUUGUUGUGAAACUUUUCAGCCUCGGGACGGUGCGCAUCUCCCACCCGCUUCCUUCACUUCACCAUUACGCGUGGGACUGCGGCGACUUCAAAGUCAUGCUUUAAGUCACUUUAUAAGUGAAGAAACGUGGGACCAUGAACGAGCAGCACAACAGCAGACAGAGACACGUGAGGCUGCUACUUCUGUGCCUCUGCGUCGCCAUCACCAUCUCAGAAGCGCAGGCAGGUGGGAAGAAGUACGGCGGCCCCUGCGGAGGAAGAGACUGCAGCGGAGGCUGCAAAUGCUUCCCAGAGAAGGGUGGCAGGGGCUCCCCUGGUGCUCUUGGUCCUCAGGGGCCACAGGGGCCUCAAGGAAGACAGGGUGAUCCAGGCAUCCAAGGACCAAAAGGGCAGAAAGGUGGCCAGGGUCAUGGUGGCCACAUAGGCCCUAAAGGCAGCGUGGGAAUGACCGGCGUACCAGGGUUUACCGGAGGCGAUGGCAUUCCUGGUCAUCCGGGUCAAGGGGGGCCCAGGGGGAAGCCGGGGGCCGACGGCUGCAACGGGACCACAGGAGACUCAGGAUCAUCAGGAACACCCGGCUACAGGGGCCUACCGGGAAUUCCAGGACAACAUGGCAGGAAGGGCGAGAAGGGAGACACUCUGGACGUCAGCGUGUACAUGCGGCGUUUCCGGGGAGAUCCAGGGACGCCGGGAGCCAAUGGAAUAUACGGGCCUAAUGGAGAAGUUGGAUUUGAAGGCAACAGAGGCCCACAAGGACCAAAGGGUCCUCCGGGUCCUCCAGGGCCGCCGGGGCCAAAGGGCUCGGACACCAAAGUGUUAAAGGGAGUCAAAGGAGAGCCGGGGGAGAUCGGAGAGCAGGGACCACAAGGAAACUACACCACGCAGCUUCGUGAGCCGCCCUCGGGACCUCCCGGACCAAAAGGCCAGAAAGGAGAAAGUGGAUAUGUGGAAACCGUGAGAGGAGAGCCUGGUAUACACGGAUUCCCUGGACGGCGGGGUGAGAGUGGUGCCAACGGGAGGCCUGGACUCAGGGGCGACCCCGGUGAUGGUCCGAGAGGCAGAGACGGCGUGAAGGGAGUCCGAGGUGAUCCGGGAGAGCUGAUCUCAUCGGGGGGGUCGUGGCCCUGGUCCUCUGGCGGCCUCCCUGGACCUCCUGGAGAGCUGGGUGCGCCGGGCGAGAGGGGUUCGGUAGGAGACCAGGGAUCGCCGGGAUUCCCUGGACGUCCGGCAACUGAAUCACAGCAGCAAGUGUGGGAGCUCUUCGGCCCAUUCGGUUACCAAGGAGAGCACGGAGAGAAAGGUCAGCAAGGAGAACAAGGGCAGCCCGCUGUCGUCCCCGGACCCUCAGGAAAUGACGGGCGUCCCGGAGACCGGGGUCCUCCCGGGCCCAAAGGAACAUGGGCAGAGUUCUUCAAGGGCGCUGCGGGAGACCGGGGAAGGCCGGGCAAAGCAGGCUUCAAGGGAGAACAAGGUGAUCACGGAGAGUGUGAGUGCAGCGUCAGGAACCCCCUAUAUGGGUUACCUGGACUGGCCGGUGAACCCGGCGACGCUGGGAUGAGCGGAGAGAUCGGUCACGAGGGCGAGCCCGGAGAGCCGGGUCCAUCGGGACAAGACGGCAUUCCCGGUUCUCCCGGACUCGAUGGAGUUCCAGGCCCAAAAGGUCGGAAAGGGGACACGACUGUCGCGAAGGAAAAAGGGUUUUCCGGUGAUCCAGGAGACAGAGGACGAGACGGUGAGCCGGGAAGGCCCGGUAUUCCCGGCCCAGACGGUCUUCCGGGUUUCCCUGGUCCCCGUGGUCUUCACGGAGAAGGGCCCUGGGGAGAGCAUGGAGAAAAAGGCUUCCCUGGGCCCCGUGGUGGACCCGGUCCAGCUGGAUUUAGCGGAGAACCAGGUCGAGUCAUCCCGGGGCCCAAAGGACUGGCCGGUUUACCCGGAGACGAAGGCUUCAACGGCUACAACGGCGUGCCGGGACCACCUGGGCAUCCAGGCGGCUGUAUUCCAGCAGGAGAUGGAGGACAGGUGGAUGUAACAGGCUCCUGUGAAUCUGUUCCAGGACCUCCUGGUCUGCCUGGACUUCCGGGACUCAUUGGAUUACCAGGUUUUUCAGGACUUUCUGGCACCAAAGGACCACAGGGUUUAGAAGGACCGCAUGGAGAGAAAGGAGAGGAAGGAGAGCGGGGACAGGGUGGCAGAACUGGACCACCAGGUUUUGCUGGUCCCCGUGGAGAUUUGGGAUUUCCUGGCAGCAAAGGUGCGGUCGGAAAUCCCGGUGCGCCUGGUAUUCCUGGCCGACACGGGGAUAGGGGUGAAAAGGGUGUUCACGGUGAUAUAAUGGGAGCAUCGUCGGGGCACUCAGGUGACCCAGGGCUGCCGGGGCUUCAAGGAGACCAAGGUCCAAGUGGAGGUGAAGGGUCACCAGGCUAUCCAGGAAUGAUGGGCAUGCCAGGUAUGAUUGGCUUUAAGGGUGAGAAAGGCCCUCCAGGCCUGUUUGGACAGGAAGGACAGCCUGGGCCAGCAGGAAAGUACGGCUUUCCUGGAGAUCUUGGAGGAGUCGGCCUACCUGGGCCACGCGGUGCAACUGGACUGACAGGAGUCCCAGGGGAGAGGGGAACUGAGGGAGACCCAGGUCCUCCAGGUCCAGCAGGACUGAAAGGGACGCCGGGCACUUAUGGCAGUGAUGGCACCCAAGGAGAGGACGGUUCCCCGGGUGAUCCAGGACAGCCAGGUCAACUUGGACGCACAGGACUUCCAGGAAUGAAGGGAAAGAAAGGGUCCACUGGCAUGCAUGGUUUUGACGGCACCUUGGGUAAUAUUGGGUUUAAGGGUCAGACUGGGCUGAAAGGACAAUAUGGACUGCUUGGGGAAGAUGGGCCGAAAGGAUUUUCAGGACUAAAGGGAGAGAAAGGUGAACGUGGUCUGACAGGACCACGUGGCGAGAAGCCCAAGAUCUCCUCUAAGAUGAUUGCUCACAUGAAGGGCCUCAAGGGAGACAUUGGGCAUGAAGGAAAUCCAGGUUUCACCGGACAAAGAGGUGAUAAAGGUUCAUAUGGUUUACCAGGCCAUGACGGUAAAGGUGGUUAUCCGGGAAUUCCCAGCUUCGAAAAAGGUCACCACGGAGAGCUGGGUGGACAGGGGUUACCGGGGCACAAAGGGAUGCCCGGGCCGACUGGAAACAGGGGCAUUACAGGGUUUCAGGGAAUGGAUGGCAACAGGGGAACCAAAGGAAGUCCUGGAGCUUAUGGCUCAAGUGGCGACAAAGGAAGGAAAGGAGGCAAAGGUGAAAAAGGCCUACGCAUAGACCUUCCAGGAAACCCUGGACUGAGAGGAGAGGAAGGAUUUCCAGGAGAACGAGGUCAGACAGGAUUAUUUGGAACAACUGGAGAGAGGGGGGUACCAGGUUUCGAUGGUAUUGAAGGGAUGAAAGGAAAGCUUGGUGAUCAAGGUUUUCACGGAAACCCAGGCUUUGACGGGGAUAAAGGAGUUCCUGGUAACCAAGGUACAAAAGGCUUUCCCGGAGUUCCUGGACAUGAUGGACUUCCAGGAUUUCCUGGCUUCCAAGGAAGCAAAGGUCAUGCUGGCCUGAAGGGUCUCUAUGGAUUAGACGGACUAAAGGGCCAAAAGGGUAUCCAAGGAACACAAGGUGCUGACAUCGUUGGACCAGCCGGGGCAUCGGGGCUUAAAGGAACGAAAGGCGAGGGUGGGGACCCCAACAGUGAGCCUGGGGUUCCAGGAACGCCGGGCUCGAAAGGCUACCAGGGGCCUCUUGGUGACUAUGGCCAACCUGGAUUCCCGGGAUUCCGCGGCGCUGUAGGGGCAGAUGGGAUCUCAGACACACCGGGGCCCACCGGAGAUCCAGGCUCACCAGGAUACACAGGACAGCAUGGCCUACCUGGACCCAGAGGAAAUCCUGGUUUGGAUGCUUUCCCUGGAGAAAAAGGUGUAUCAGGAAUAAAUGGAUUCCCUGGAUUCCCUGGUAGUAAAGGAUUCUCAGGAGAUCCGGGUCCAGGAGGAUACAGGGGUCCUAACGGAGUCUAUGGGAAGAAAGGGGUGAAAGGAGAGCAGGGGCUGAUGGGAGUUCCUGGCCUGAUUGGUGGAAGAGGAGAAAGAGGACCACAGGGUCCAAAAGGAAACACUGGACUCCCAGGUACUCGUGGGUUCCCAGGCGGUCACGGUCCUCUUCCGAUUCCCGUCAGGAUUCCAGGGGAGAGGGGUUCGCCAGGACCACAGGGCAUACGCGGACCUAGUGGUACUGCAGGGCAGCCGGGACCUCAAGGCCCACCUGGAGAUCAAGGUUUCAUGGGACCCAUCGGGCAAAAGGGCAUGCCGGGGAUUAGCGGCACCCCAGGAACGCCCGGCUUCCGCGGAGAGUCUGGACAAAUGGGCCACCCUGGUCUGCAGGGCAGCGAAGGUCACCGUGGCAACACCGGUCUCCCCGGGUUACCCGGCAUGCCCGGCCGCAGCGUCAGCGUGGGCUACCUGCUGGUGAAACACAGCCAGUCGGACCAGACGCCCAUGUGCCCCGUGGGGAUGUCCAAGCUGUGGGACGGCUACAGCCUGCUGUACUUCGAAGGCCAGGAAAAGGCCCACAACCAGGACCUGGGUUUGGCCGGCUCCUGCCUCCCGCGGUUCAACACCAUGCCCUUCCUGUACUGCAACCCCGGAGACGUUUGCUACUACGCCAGCAGGAACGACAAGUCCUACUGGCUGUCUACCACCGCUCCCCUGCCCAUGAUGCCCGUGGAGGAAGGAGACAUCAAGCCCUACAUCAGCCGCUGCUCGGUGUGUGAAGCCCCAUCGGUGGCCAUCGCCGUGCACAGCCAGGACAUCACCAUCCCGCAGUGUCCCGCCGGCUGGCGCAGCCUCUGGAUCGGAUACUCUUUUAUCAUGCACACGGCGGCCGGGAACGAGGGCGGAGGUCAGUCGCUGUCCUCGCCCGGCUCCUGCCUGGAGGACUUCCGCACCACGCCCUUCAUCGAGUGCAACGGGGCCAAGGGCACGUGCCACUACUUCGCCAACAAGCACAGCUUCUGGCUGACGUCCGUGGACCAGGCGUUCCACACCAGCCCCGAGGCAGAGACGCUCAAAGCCGGCCAGCUGCUGUCGCGCAUCAGCCGCUGCCAGGUCUGCAUGAAGAACUUGUGAGAGACGGAAAAACAAAAACACGGAGCCGUUUCCAUCCCGGAUGCUCGAACGCGCCGCAGCCGGCGGGAAACGAGUCUCCGGGAGCCGCAGAGCUCAGACAUGCAGUGACUGUGUGACGCGUUCGAGCUGCGCUGCAGAUAAAGCAGAAGAAGCCCUGUAAUGAGAACAGCUGCAUUAUGGGAAAAAAAAUCAAUGUUUCUUUGUGUUAAAUGUUUUUUGGUGCUUCCUUUUUUUUUUUUUUAACUUAUUACCUCAACUAUUACGACACAUUUGGUAAUCAUCCGAGACCGUAACUUACAGCUGAACCAAAGAUGCACAUUUAUAUAUUUACAUGCACGGCUUCAGUUUAGCCACAGUUUAGCUUUUGUUCUUCCAUAAACCACUAACACCGCCUUCCUCCCAGCUCAAAGUGUCAUUAGAGGCCUCUUAUUAUCCAUUAUUGUGUUUUUGUUGCUCUUUCAAAGCCUAUUUUUUAUAAAAUUACAGCAAACUGUCACCUUUUUUAUUGCAUUUAUCAACUACUGCUCUGAUGUCUUUUGUAAUUCGUUCACACGAUGCACUGAUUCUGUUUUUACCAUUUUAAUUAGCUCCUUCUUAAAAGUUUGAAGUGUAUAUCUUAUCAUUUGUUAUCCAUAUCUCACUCAUUUCCAUCUACUAAUUUAAUUAUUCAUCCGCCAGCAGGACAGGAUGUAAACAGGAUCGGAGUUCUCUGCUCUGAGACCAAACGAUUUCACACGCCUUAACCAAGUCGGCUGAUACUCUGUUGUACCCUGUACACCCGUCUGGAAAUAAACUGAUCGAUUAGACCAGAAAACUACUUUCCAUAUCUGCUUUUAUCACCAUACGGUUGCAGUAACUUGAUUCAACUUUUUUUUUUUCUGUUGUACCUUUGUCCAGGGCCAGAUUAACACUUCGCUGUACCCUGGGCAACAAUAUUCAAGGGCCCCAUCAUUAUCAGCACAGAAUCACCAUAAUCUGGCAAAAUACUGAAUAAAUUACCGUAAUAUACAGUAAAUAUACUCAAUACUUAAAAUUCUAAGCAUCAGGUGUAGGCCUGUGUUGAAAAGAUCGAUUUCCUGAUUCUAAAUCGAUUCAUAUGUCUAAAGAUCGAUUUUUUUUUUUUCAUUUAUGCCCCAAAAAGGAAUGUUUUGUUGGACACAAGAAUAACUGGUGCCAUAAUUGCAUAAAUUAAAACCAAAUUCUCAAAAAUUUAAAACCAAAUCAGACUGAAAAUGGAAAAACUUAAAACGUAAUGUGGGAAAAAAUAAAACCGAUUUCAUCCGUCUCUGUUUCCUCCCUGGAUC